GCGGGCAAAUCACGAAUUACACACGGCCCUCCCUACCCCCCUCCCCCUGAGAGGUUAAUGGUGAAGCAUCCGCCUCCUCCUCCUCCUCGGACACCUCCUCCUCCUCCUCCUCUGCGAUGAAGGAGAAGAGCAAGAACGCGGCGAGGAGUAGGAGGGAAAAGGAGAAUGCAGAGUUUUUGGAGUUGGCUAAACUUUUGCCUCUCCCCGCUGCCAUCACCUCCCAGCUCGACAAGGCGUCCAUCAUCAGACUCACCACCAGCUACCUCAAGAUGCGACAAGUCUUCCCUGACGGCCUGGGGGACGCGUGGGGGGCGGCACCUCCCCAAACCAAUCCCAGAGAGACAGCCAUCAAGGAACUGGGCUCCCAUCUACUGCAGACUCUGGACGGCUUCAUCUUCGUGGUGGCUCCUGACGGGAAGAUUAUGUACAUCAGUGAGACGGCGAGUGUCCAUCUAGGGCUCUCUCAGGUGGAGCUGACGGGGAACAGCAUUUACGAGUAUAUCCACCCAGCUGAUCACGAGGAGAUGUCAGCUGUUCUCAACCUGACGCCGCAGCCAGUAGCCCAACCCCUCUACGUCAGGCAAGACGAAGAGGUGGAACGCACUUUCAUCCGAAUGAAGUGUGUCUUGGCCAAGAGGAAUGCCGGACUUACCACUGGAGGCUACAAGGUGAUCCACUGCUCGGGGUACCUGAAGAUCAAGCACUACACGCUGGACAUGGCGCCCUACGAUGCCUGCUACCACAACGUCGGCUUGGUGGCUGUUGGUCACUCUUUGCCCCCCUCAGCCAUCACAGAGAUCAAGAUGCAUUCCAAUAUGUUUAUGUUCAGAGCCUCCUUGGACCUUAAACUCAUCUUUCUGGACGCUAGGGUCGGAGUGCUAACGGGAUUCGAACCGCAGGACCUGAUAGAGAAGACGCUGUACCAAUACAUCCACGGCUGUGACAUGGUGCACAUGAGAUUCUCCCACCACAUGUUGCUGAUGAAGGGCCAGGUCACCACCAAAUACUACCGCUUCCUGACGCGUGACGGUGGCUGGGUGUGGGUGCAGACUUACGCCACUAUUGUGCACAACUCCCGCUCCUCCCGCCCUCACUGCAUCGUGGCGGUCAAUUAUGUCAUCAGCGAGGUGGAGGCGCGGGAGGGGCGGCUAUCCUGGGAGCAGGUGGGAGGCGGGGGGCGGGGGGAGGAGGCCGGCUGGGGGGAGACGGGGGGCCUGAAGGGGCUGGGAGGGGGAGACUCAAGUGCCGAUCCUCCCCUUACCCCUCCCCCGCCCCUGCUGAGACCCUGCACGACCCCCUGGACGCUCCCCCAGCCCCCGCCCUUCACUACCCCUCUCCUCUGGCCCCCCUGCACUGGCCGCGCCCCCCACCCCCUACUCGGACCCCCGCCUGAGCUGCUACCCCCCUGCCUACGACGUGUACGACGAGCGGUACGUGAGGGGCGAGACGCAGCAAUACGGAGGGUGCAGCGCCCCCUGGACACCACGCCCCUGCCCCCCGUGGUGUCCUGCCACUACACCUCUAAGGGCGCGGCGGCAGGAUACGAGGAGCGCCCCUGGAGUCAAGGAUCAGGCAGUUCCUCCGCGUCAGACGACCCACCACGCCAGGAGUACCCAGCCACGCCCUCCACCACGCCCUCCACCACGCCCUCGGCCACCACGGGCACCCUCUACCCCCUACACGAGUACUACACCCACUACAGUAACGACAAGCUGCAGUACACGAUACCCACGCCCGACAAGUCCCCCUACGGCGAUAAGGGGCAGUACGUGGCCACGGCGGCGACGGGGGGCGGCGCGGCGGGCUGUGUGAGGGGCAUGUACAGCUACGUGGACGCCGCCCUGGGCACCCCGACGGAGGCUGGCAUGGCGGGAACUAAGGGCCACGUCAUGCCCCAGCCCGGAUACACGUCAGUAAUUGUAGAUGCACAACAGUAUUAUGCGCAGAACGAGUUUGUACACUAGCUGUCAGUGGUGCCCUUAGCACACACACACACACACACACACACACACACACACACACACACACACUCCUCUCUUUCUCUUUCCUCUUCAUACAUGCAUAUAUACACAAAUACUCACAAAAAAUAUACAAAUAACCUCCUACACACACACACACACACACACACACACACACACACACACACACACACACACACACACACACACACACACACACACACACAUACACACACACACAGGCACCUCUUAUACAUAUCAAAGCACAAAAUGAUUUACAAGUUAUAAGACAGAAGGAAGGUUAUAAGACAAAGGAAAAAAAAAGAAAGAGAGGAACAAAAUAAAGGAGAUUAAGCAAAAGGAAACAGGUAGAGACAAGAGAAAAGAAAAAUGUGAAUGAUAAAGAAGUAAAAAAAAGUGAACACAGUGAAAAAAAUAAAAUAAAUAAAGACAAGGAAAGGACAAGAAGGAAAGUAAGAAAGGAAUGGAAAUAAAGAAAAACAUGAUAAAGAUAAACAAACAAACAAACAAACAAACAAACAAACACAACACUGAAAUAAACUGAAACAAGAAAACAACAAAAACAACAAAAAAGUGAAAAGGGAGACGGAAAAACAAAUAACUCAGAUUUCAAUAUAAAAAGGGAAAAAAAUAAUAAAAAAUAAUAUAUACAAUAAAUGGACUUUUCUAUAUAUAUAUAAACUUUUCUGUGGGAAGUGAGAGAGAGAGAGAGAGAGAGAGAGAGAG